AACAGAGAAAAUCAAAAUGUAACUCAUAUCCCAAAAUUCUUCCUUCUGGGCCUCUCAGAUGAUCCAGACCUGCAGCCUGUUCUCUUUGGGCUGUUCCUGUCCAUGUACCUGGUCACCAUGCUCGGAAAUCUGCUCAUCAUCCUAACCAUCAGCUCUGACUCCCACCUCCACACCCCCAUGUACUUCUUCCUCUCCAACCUGUCCUUUUCAGACAUCGGCUUCACCUCCACCAUUGUCCCCAAGUUGAUGGUGGACAUCCAGACUCACAGCAGAGCUAUCUCCAAUGUGGACUGUAUGACACAAAUGUUCUUUUAUGUCAUUUUUGGAUGCUUGGAUGACAUGCUGCUGACCAUCAUGGCCUAUGAUCGGUAUGUGGCCAUCUGUCACCCCCUGCAUUAUACAAUCAUCAUGAACCCUCAACUAUGCUGCUUCUUUUCAUUGAUAGCAACAUUUAUUAGCAUCUUAGCCUCACUGAUGCACUAUUUGAUUGCCUUACAAUGUACCAUCCUGAAGGAUAUGGAAAUUUCCAAUUUCUUCUGUGACCCUUCUCAAAUCCUCAACCUUGCCUGUGCUCAUACUUUGACCUACAAUGUAGGCAUAUCUUUGAUCUUCCUCCUCCUUGGCUUUCUUCCAAUCAUGGGCAUAUUAUUUUCAUGCUAUAAAAUUGUUUCUUCCAUUCUGAAUCUCCCAUCUCUAGGUGGGAAGUACAAAGCUUUUUCCACCUGUGCGUCUCACCUGUCCAUUGUGUGUUUAUUCUAUGGGACAAGCUUUGGGGUGUAUGUUAGCUCGGCUCUCUCUCAUUCUCCCAGAUUUGGUACAGUGUAUACAGUCCUGUACACAGUGGUCACCCCCAUGCUGAACCCCUUCAUCUAUAGCCUGAGGAACAAGGACAUCAAGAAUUCCCUGCAUCGGCUUCAGAGAAGUACACUGUGA